UAAUUCACUUUUUUAUUUUUUUUUUCUUUUUGUAAAAAUUUGUUUUUUUCCGAUCUCUAGUUUUUUUUUUUUGUUACCGGAUUUGAUCAUGGCGGAGGAAUUUGGAAGCUUUGAUUUACUCGUUGGUGAUGAUGAUUUCCUCUUCGAUUUCGAUCCUUCAAUAGUGAUUGAUUCUCCUCCGGCGGAGGAUUUUCUCCAGUCUUCUUCACCGGAUUCAUGGAUCGGAGAAAUUGAGAAUCAAUUGAUGAACGAUGAGAAUCAUGAGAAGGAGAGUUUUCUGGAGUUGGAUCAGCAAUCGGUUUCAGAUUUCAUUGCCGAUUUACUCGUUGAUUAUCCAACAAGCGAUUCUGGCUCUGUUGAUUUGGCGGCUGAUAAAGUUUCCGAUGUUAUCACCGUCGAUUCUCCCGUCGCCGGAAAGGAAUCUGAAGGAUCUGAUGAUUCCGGGAAGGAGAAUUCGGAUUUGGUUGUUGAGAAGAAAUCUAAUGAUUCUGGGAGUGAGAUUCAGGAUGAUGAUGAUGAAGAAGACGAUGAUGCUGUGGCUAAGAAACGAAGAAGGAGAGUAAGAAAUAGAGAUGCGGCGGUUCGAUCCAGAGAGAGGAAGAAGGAAUAUGUGCAAGAUUUAGAGAAGAAGAGUAAGUAUCUCGAAAGAGAAUGCUUGAGACUAGGACGAGUCUGCUGUGCUCUUGUUGGAAUCCCUGCUGUUGGGUUCCCUGCUUUGGCUUCUGGGAGUAAACUUCAUUUGCCUAUUCCCUUAUCUGUCCCACACAAAGUGUUACCUCCUCCUGUCAGAACCAGAAAAGCUGGUUCUAAACGGGCUCGGGAGUAGUAGCAAACCAUCUUAUACCGGCGUGAGUCGGAGAUGUAAGGGUUCAAGGCCUAGGAUGAAACACCAAAUCUUAACCCUUGUGGUGUGACAACGCCUUUUUAACUGCUUCCUUUGCGCAUUCGAGUCGUAGAUGAGUGUCGUCCUUAGUAGUCUCUCUUGUUUUUGUAUUUUUGCUGUUGAAAAUUUUCUGUCUAAUAUGGAUAAGUAAACGGUGAAUGUGAGU